GCAUGCCCACAGGGUUCCGAGUCUUCCGACCACCCUGAAGCUCAAGGAACAAACUGGAGGAGGUAGGAGAGGGGCACAGAGAGAGGCAGACAGAGAGGAGAAAGCAGAGACGAUUUGGAAGAGAUUCGACGAGGAUUGCCUGAGUCGUCGUCGGUGUCCGAGCAAGAUGGCCUGGAGAUCGAAGCUGUCGCAAUCUCUGCAGGAAUUGCGAAUCCAUAUGUGCCAGACUUCUGUUGCCAGCAAAGCCACCAGGGAGUUUGUGGUGAAGAACUACAAGGAUCUAAAGACACUCAACCCUAGGUUGCCGAUUCUCGUCCGCGAGUGCAGCGGGAUCCAACCUCGUCUCUGGGCUCGUUAUGAUUUUGGAGUGGAGCGGAGUAUUGCUUUGGACGGGCUAAGUGAACCCGAAAUUAGCAAGAAAUUGGAGGAAUUGGUUGCCACUGCGCCACAAAGCAAAACACCCAUGCAUGCGUGAAGUUCUUCUCGUUGAGGCAAGACGGUUUCAUUAUCACAAAUCGCGCAGCGUUCGGCAGAGCGCAGAGAUAGAGUUUUUCAAUAUGACAGGUUUCUGGCGUUAAUAAUUAUUAUUUUUUUAUAUGCUGUUCGCCUGGUGGAGGCCACAGAAAAGAUGGAUUCUCUGUGAUGGGCAUGGAUACACAGAGAGGAUGCGAAAUAAGGUGUACACUUCAGGGUGCGUGGUUUGACGCUGGACAAAUGUAGCUGGGCAAGACAAUGUGAUUAGGCGAUUGAUGAAGUAGGAGUUCCUGAUUGAAUCUUCAUAUUUAAUUUGGCUUGCUGAAAAGACUAUCUGCGUAAAUUGAAGACUAUUGACCUUCAACCUCAAUGCGAGCAGCAUCCAGAUGGAUGAAUAUUGAGUAACUAGGAUUCAGCUAGAAGUUUCCUGUUAUUGUCUCCUAAUUGAGAUCCCAGUCCUGAUUCUUGGCUCUGGAAGUGUUAAUCUGACGCUCAUGCUCUUGGUGGCUGACAGUUUUUGAACAUCUUACUCAUAAAUCAUUUCACCCUGACUCAGAAUGUGCAUGAGCAAUCGACUUAUAUUUCGUAAGGUUCUCCACAGUAACCAUUCUCAGAUUCAGGAAUGUAAUGUCUCUUACCGG